GAGAGAGAGAGAGAGAGAGAGAGAGAGAGAGAGAGAGAGAGAGACAGAGUCUGUGUGCUUGUGUAUAGAGAAACAACCAUUUUCCUUUUCUAUAUACUUUGGUCACUCGUGUAUUUCAUCAUGUCGGUAAAGCCAAAUUAAAUAAAAAAACAAAUGACAAAAAAUUGAAAAAGAGAAGCAAGAGAAAGUCUCAAAUGAAAAAACAUAUUAUAGAUUAUUCCUGCUGGUCCUCCUGGGAUUUCUAUACUCAAUUGUGGACUCAGAGAAUUUAAAGUGAUCUUAUCCCAUUUUUAUGUUAUUUAUAUGUCUUCUGUCGUCAUCAUUCUUAAAUAUACACAUUUGGUCUAUUGCUGAGGAUUCCUGUCUGUGGUGUAGCUGAUUACUUGUGAUUAUUUUUGUCUCUUUUUCCCAUGAAAUCAAAUGUUUUAGUCCCCGUUUAAUACAUGCAAAUAAUGUUCACUAAAUUAUUCAUCACUCUGAACAGGGGAAAAAAAGUUGUUCAACAUUUUCCAACAUACAUUUGGUGGGUUUCAUCUUCGAGUCUAACAGCGCUUUUGAAAAAAAGGGCUUAUUGCAAAAGCUGAACAGCCAGAGGCAGCACCCCCUCCCCUCCCCUCCCCUUUCCUCCACCUCCCCCUCUCUCCUCCACCUCCUCCGCCCCCCUCACUCUCCUCAUCCAUCCAUCCAUGCCUCCUUCUCUCCGCUGCUGGAUGGUGCGUUAGGAGGGCUUCCCUUCUGUCCGAUGGAGACGGACUUUGUGUAGGGACCAGGUCCGCCGAGGAUCCGCUUCUAUAAGAGCCGAGGGAGACGGAAGCAGAGGGGGAGACACGGAGAUCCUCCAUCCUCUGAAGGUCUCCUGCCUCUCUUCCUCACCCACUGCCUGAACAGGGUGUGUCUCGGGGAUUGUGUUAUAACAUGCACGCUCCCAAGAGUGCAUAGCCUGUCAGGAGGAGUGUUUAGUGUGUGUGUGUAUUGUGUGUGUGUAUUGUGCGUGUUUGUGUGAGAGUUUGUGUGCGUGUGUACGUGUAGUGCAGAGAUGGGCACGGUGGGAGCGGAGCGCCGCAGGCCCACACCGGCCCAGACGCCCGAGGAGAGAGAUGUGUGGAGGGAUGGAGGAAGAGCGGGAUGGAGGGAUGUGGGGAGAGAAGGCUGGAGAGAGGGAAGAGAGAGCGGAGUGGUGCAGAGCUACAGCUUCGAUUCGUACCAGCUGGAGGAGGAGGAGAUCAGUAAAGAUGCCCCGGAGCGAGGAGUGCUGGCUCUGUCCGAGCCUGACUUUGAGGAGCCGAUCCCUGACGACCGUUACCAUGGCAUCUACUUUGCAAUGCUAUUGGCUGGAGUUGGUUUCCUGCUACCCUACAACAGUUUCAUCACUGAUGUGGACUACCUGCACCACAAGUUUAAAGGGACAUCCAUUGUGUUUGACAUGAGUCUGACGUACAUCGUGGUGGCUCUGUUGGCCGUCAUCCUCAACAAUGUGCUGGUGGAGCGACUCAGCAUGCACACCAGAAUCACUGUGGGUUACAUCUUCGCACUGGGACCGCUGGUCUUUGUCAGCGUGUUUGAUGUGUGGCUGGCAAAGUUCACCACCAGGCAGGCUUACAUCAUCAACCUCGUGUCAGUGGGAGUGGUGGCCUUUGGAUGUACAGUGCAGCAGUCCAGUUUCUAUGGUUACAUGGGGAUGCUGCCCAAGAGGUACACACAGGGGGUGAUGACGGGGGAGAGUACAGCCGGGGUAAUCAUCUCCCUGACUCGCAUCUUCACCAAGCUGCUGAUAAAGGAUGAGAGGAGGAGCACGCUUAUCUUCUUCCUCAUCUCCAUCAGCAUGGAAAUGCUCUGCUUCCUGCUUCACCUCCUGGUCCGCCGCUCACGAUUCGUCCGCUACUACACCAACCACGCCCAGGGAAAAGGUCCAGCCAAAGGUCAUGACCCACGUGACAAUGGGACUGGAUAUCGGGUUCACCAUGAUGUCAUCACAGAGGACGUCAAAUUUGGAAAUGGUGGGACAGGACCGUGUACUACAGAGGAGGGCAAUGAGGACUUUGUCGGUGGGACAUAUGUGCGAUUUGAUGCGCCGAAAGCCAAGAUAAGGAGGAGCUGGCCUUGUGUCUGCGAUAUGAUCUUGCAUCGUUACGUGGUGUCCCGUGUGAUCUGGGCCUACAUGCUGUCAAUAGCAGUGACCUACAGCAUCACUCUGUGUCUGUUUCCUGGGCUGGAGUCAGAGAUACGAAACCCCACCUUAGGGGAGUGGCUCCCCAUCCUCAUCAUGGCCACCUUCAACCUGUCGGACUUUGUAGGAAAGAUCCUGGCAGCGUUGCCAUACGACUGGUCUGGAGGCCGCCUGCUCUUCUUCUCUUGCCUGAGGGUGAUCUUCAUCCCUCUGUUCAUCAUGUGUGUGUACCCAGCCAAUGCACCUACCCUGUACCAUCCUGCUUGGCCUUGUCUUUUCUCCCUCCUCAUGGGAGUCACCAAUGGCUAUUUCGGGUCUGUGCCGAUGAUACAGGCUGCCGGCAAAGUGCCACCAGAACAGAGGGAGCUAGCAGGGAACACAAUGACGGUCUCUUAUAUGACAGGCCUGAUGGUGGGCUCUUCUGUGGCUUACGCAGCUUACAGCUUCACUGCUCCAGGAUCAGGAACACGCUUCACCACACUCAAUAUACACACACCUGCUAAUGCUACAGGGUAUUGAAUGUCCACAUACAAUAAAAAACACACACACAUAAACAUUCAUACAUGUACAUACGUGCAGCCAUUUACACACACCAAUGGACAGGAUUCAAACAAGAGACGUUCCAGCUCCAGAGGAUGAGAAGACAUCUGUGAAGAACUUUAUAAAUGUUAAGGACAGAGACAGAUUCUCCUUUGUCCAAAUCAGGAUUUGAUUUGGUUUAGUGGAUAAAGAAAGCAAAGGAAACAAAAACAAACCCUGGGAUUUAGCGGUGGAGGAAAUGACGUGAAACAGUGAAAACAUAGCCGAUCUCACCACUCUCUUAUUCUCCAGCCUGGUGGUUCAUUGACCCUUCAAACGUUCUGGGUUCUGCGGUGAUUAACUUUUCCCUGGAGGUAAAGAACAGGAGUUGGGCAUCUGUCAGCGAGCGAACAGUAGCCCUUUAAGUGUCUCAUAGUGAAUUUAUUGUCAGCAUGUGUGUGUGUGUGUGUGUGUGUGUAUAUGCAAGCAGAUCAGCUGACAUUUGUACAGUGUAAGGCCAAGUGAUUUUUUUUUGCUGUCGCUGCAGGGUGCAAACGACCUGCCGUUUUCAAGGAGACUCAUGUCAUAUGUUACUAAUGUUACAUUUUAUGUGAUCUCGGAUCUGUUAAUAUUCAAAAUAGCGAUAUGACAUAGGAGCGGAUUUUUCGGGAUCAUGUCAGUUGUUUCCUCUUCAUGAUUUGUCUUCUGAAAAUAUGAUCGAAAUCUUUGAGUGAUGUGUUCAAUCCAUGAUGAUUUGAUUCAUGUAGUGUUAUGUAAAUCCUCUGACAGCACUAUUUGAAAACUGCAACAAAAAUAAUUUAAAAGGAGCCUUGUUGAAGUGAAAUGGAAGAUAGAGCUUCUUUAGCUUCAGUAAUGUGAUGUAUUUCAUGGCUUAGCAUAUACAACGCAAAAUAGAGCUGUAGCUUGUUAGCCUCCAUUCACACCUCGGUCAGCCAUGAUAUUAGAUUUUUUUAAAAGAGGAGGACGAUGACGACAGUUUUUGCUGGCGGACAUCCAAACACACACCUCUGACCCAUCAUUUUGCUGUGCUAGCUGCUAUAAUCCACAAGCUAAGUCACCCCAAAUCAUAUCUGAAUGGAAACAUUUUUGUUCCCAAGGCCAAACUUGAUUGACUCGAAGCAACACUGGAUCCAGAGCCAUUGAUAUCAAUAUACCUUACUUAUUUUUUGUUUAAAGCGGAUGAUAUACUGUCAUGAGUUUAAUGCAUCAUUAAUAAAACUCAGAAUCCAUUUUCAUUAAAAAAAAAACAUUAGGCAUUUCUUUUUAAUAUUUCAGUAAUUACUAUUAUCAUGUGUAUGUUUAAGCAGUUAUAAUCUAUAUUUUUUAUAAUAAGUAUAUCAAAUGACAAUAUGUAAUGACGAAGGCAUCCUGGAGCUUUAUAGCAAGUUUUAGCUCAUUGUUUCGCUGUCCAACUGCAACUUUACUGUUUUGGUUCACUCUUACAGCUCUCAUUGUAUAGUUUUCAAUCAAUUGUUUUCACAGAAAGAGCUCUAAAAACCCACUGUACACUACCUGCUCAACACCAGACACAGUUAGUGACCAACAGGAGUUGCUCCUUAACUCCAUAUACAAUAUACAGAUCUUGUAUGAUAACCUGAAAAGUCCUUUAUAUCUACAUAGAGAGCAGUUUUCCUGCCAUGUUGAACCGCCAUGUUUCUACAGUAGCCCAGAACAGUCAAAAGAGGGCCAUUGCUCCAACACACUUGGAAAGAGAGGAGUGUUCAGUUGGUUGCAUUCUAGAUGUCACUAAAUCCUAUACACUGGUCCUUUAAAAUAUAUUUCAUGUUGUGUUCACAACUUGUUUACAAAAAACAGAAAAGACACAAAAGAGAGUGUUCGUGUACAUAAUCUAACGUGAUCCUUUUUUUAUUUUGGUAUUGAUACUAUUGAUGCUAGUAUUGAUACCUUACCUUACGUGUCGAUUCACGCACCCCUGUUAAUGUUUUAGUGUUUUACAGGAAGAGAAUACAGAGGAAUUUAAUAUCACAAAACAAAAAAAACAUUUCUGAGAUCAAGAUAUAACUGAACAAUUAACACAAGGACACAGGAUUAGGAUUAAAGUGAAUUAAAGUACAAUUUUCCUUUGCUUAUAUUCACAAGUGAUCCGCAAUGUUAAAUAAGGAUAUACUAUUUCUUUGAGUUGUAAAGGUUGAGGUUAUUAUAAUUUCAGAAAUCCUUAAUUUUAGAGUCUAAAUCUUUCUAGUUUGUCCAUUUAGCUUGUUAGUUUGAUUAGACCUAAAAAAAAGAUUCAGUUGUUGUCCAAUGAGGGUCUGGUAUUUAUUUUCCACAAUGAAGAAUAUUUUCUUAUUAUCCUUAUAUAGUAUAUAUAUAUAAAAAAUGUUUCUGCAUUAUUGCUGGCAGCUUCUGCUCCCUGUCCUAUUUAUUUACAGUAAAUGUUAAAUUCUAUUUUGUCUGUUCAGUGAGUUUCACGUCACUUCUUGCACCCUCUGAUGGCUGAAAAGAGAACAAAAUGUUUGCAUGAAUUUACCAGAUGAGGUAUGGUGAUGAUGAUGAUGGCUGUGUGUUGCAGUGAGUUUGUUUGUUUCCAGGACUCCUCUGUGUCCCUCUGAACAGUGUCUGUAUUUAACAUCCAUGUAAUGAUGUGGGAUACUAGAGAGAGAGACAAUUAGUGCCAAAACUUCUGCCUGUUUCUGAUCAGUGUUAAUAGCUGAGAAAAGAGUGAAUGUAAUAAACAGUAUGACUGGAUGAAAGUUGUAAAUAUAGAGAAUGAAACGCACUCAAGGUAGUGAAGAGCCUUUAUUUUCAUUCAUGCAAACAUUUCUAUAAAGUAUCACACUCAGAUAUUUUCCAGUUGCAUUUAGAAGAACUAGAGUGCUGGUCUCCUUUAUUUAUUUAUUUUCAUCCAACACAGAAGCAGCACAGAGCAGAGCUGCCUCAUAUUCUUAGUUUCCCCACAGUUUCUUGCGAAUUUUAUGAAUUUUUCAGCGAUAAGAGGAUCUCCUGUCACAGCUGGGCUACAGCACAGUUUAUACAUUAUGAAGAAAACAGGCCUCAGUGUUGAAGCCAUAAAGUGCACUACAUUAUGUAGGUGAUGGUUUGAAUGGAGCCUAAUGUUGGUGCUGUUUGAAGAAUGGUAGGAUGCCAUUUGGGAGCUAACCUCAUUACUGUAUGCAUGUCCCGCUGUGCUGAUGGUGCCAUAUUGCCUGAGGCCUCUCUCCACACACUGUGUCUAUCUCUCAGUGGGCUGCUGCUGGGUUUCAAGGUGUUUUUAGUUAUUUUUGGUUGGAUGUGUCAUUAAAGGACAUAAAACGUCUCUUUCUCUCUCUUUCUCUCUCUCAAGCUACUUAAAGGUGCCCUGUUAAGUUUACAUUCACUGUUCCUCACCAAAUUAACUUUAAAUCCUGCAUUG